CCCUGCCGUGCCGUCAGCACGUUCGUUUUUCUUUUUCUUUUUUAAUUUUAUUUUUCUUUGAUGGCAAAGUCAUUUUUAAAAACGAGUCCCAAUCAGAAGUUUCCCGGUGAGGAGGAAGACGGAAGGAUGAAUGCCCUACAAAUUGCUUUUUAAAUGUCUUCAUUCUUCCCUUCCCUCUCUUCACAUCAAUUUCUCUCGACAAUUCCACAAUUUCAUUUCCCCACAGUUCCAAUCAUGGGAAGCGAUCAAAAGAUCUUCACAAAACCUAGAUUUCUUUGCCUCCAUGGCUUCCGUACCAGUGCUGCAAUUCUCAAGAAGCAGGUCGGAAAAUGGCCGCCUUCUGUCCUCGAUCAACUCGACCUUCAUUUCCUCGACGCUCCGUUUCCCGCCGAAGGAAAGUCCGACGUCGAAGGCAUCUUUGAUCCUCCUUAUUUCGAGUGGUUCCAAUUCAGUCCAGAGUUCACGGAAUAUAGGAAUUUCGACGAGUGUCUCUCAUUCAUUGAGAAUUACAUGAUUGAGCACGGACCAUUCGAUGGAUUCCUCGGUUUCUCACAGGGGGCGAUAUUAUCCGCGGCUCUGCCUGGAUUUCAAGCUAAGGGAAUUGCUCUGACGAAAGUCCCGAAGAUCAAAUUCGUAAUCAUCGUGAGCGGUGCGAAAUUCAGAUCGGAAUCUGUGGCUGAGAAAGCUUACUCGACGCCAAUUGGAUGCCCAUCCCUCCAUUUUCUAGGUGAGGAAGACUUCUUAAUGCCACAUGGGAAGAAGCUUCUGGAAUCAUAUAUAGAACCAACAAUUAUUACUCAUCCUAAAGGCCAUACAAUACCAAGACUAGAUGAUAAAGCUUUGGAGGUUAUGGAGAGUUUCAUUCAAAGGAUUUCAAAGAUGUUGAAUGAAACCGAAGAAUAGAUGUAUGGAGUCUCAAUUAUGCAUUUUUACUAGAAAAAAUAAAAGAAUUAUAAUUAUUAGAGGAUAAUUUGUAAUAUAAUCUUCAUUUUUUGUAAUAAUUGAAAAAGCCAUGAUGUAGAGACGAUUUUAAUCUUCCAAUAUCAUUGUACUUUCUAUAGAAGUUAAAGUUAAUUAUAGUUUAACUUAGUUCAA